GUGACGUUAUCAAACAACCGUUGAGGGCAGGUGCGCCAUUUUGGCUCAAACAAAGUCGGAAAUUAUUUACUUUGCAAUUUCAUAUUAUUUGGCAUGCUAACAUCGCUUAAUACUUUUGUGAACCUUUGUGAUGAUAAAAUAUCUUAUGUGAGCUCAUGUUUCAACCAUGUUCUAUUUAGUUUUGUUUCCUAUGAGAACAAGUGUAAAGUUCUGGUAGCCUUCGCUAGCUACAAGCUAGCUCUGUUGUUUGAUUGGAAUGCAAGUAACUGGGGCUAUAGUUCACUUGCUAGCUAGCUGCAUGCAGCAGUUUUGACUUGUUAGCGCGAUAGGUAUGGGUGGGUGUUCCGCUCCAAAUUGCUCAAACUCAACAACCAUUGGGAAGCAACUAUUUCGUUUUCCAAAAGAGCCUAUACGCAAGAAUAAAUGGCUUGUAAACUGCCGGCGUAAUUUUGUACCAACUCCACAUUCCAGACUGUGCCAGGACCAUUUUGAGCUGAGUCAGUUUGAAGAAAUAGCCAGGUCGCCAGCAGGGGGAAAGAAGCUGAAACCAAACGCUAUCCCCACUCUUUUCAGUGUGCAAAAUCCACCUUAUCCCAUCACCCCACAGAUAGUGCUACCUUUCAAACCAGAGCCAGUAGAGAGAGAUCUGAAUGUGGGGGAUCAUGGCUAUGCACGGCGGCAACCAACUCUGGGCAUGGAGGAAGAUGCUGAUGAACUACACAAGGCAGAGGAACGUCCCUGCACCCAUUGUCAACCGUACAAAACCCUGCUGGAACAAGAAAUGCAACACACUGCCAGACUUCAGAAAGAGGCUGAGGAAAUGAAGAAGAGGAUGUUCAAACUGGACAGAAUAGAGAGGGGCCUCCAGACAUUUCUGUAUGAAGACCAGAUCCGUGCCCUGACCCUGACCAAGCGUUCCAGGAGAGCUGUGUGGUCCCACGAGACAGUGCUGAAGGCUCGUAAAAUCCGAUGUGCAGUCGGUGCCAAGGGUUAUGAAUUCCUUCGGGAGUUAGGCUACCCUUUGCCCUCUUAUAGAACUUUAUGCAACCGCCUGGAGGAAAAAAUCAUGGUGACGACAGCCAUGGGCUGUGAUGAGCUUGCAGAGCUUGGUCUAGGAAUCAUAUCUACAUGUGACAGUCCAGAGGGAGAUGGGGACAAUGAGGAGGCUUUCAUUGGAGUGAUGUCAUGACUCAUGAAUGAGAGAUUUUUGAUCAAUUUGUUUGACUAUGUGUUUCAUUUUGAAGAAUGCAACGCAAAAUGACAGGACAAUAUAACAGAGACUGACGACAGCUAGUAGCCCUAUGCGGUGAAGAACAUGUGGAAGCAUAUGUACAAUGGGAGAUGUUAGUGAUAAAGUGUUCUUGCUUCUGGA